AUGCUUGGAAUCCUCUUUGCUGUGUUGACUCUGGCACCUGCAGCCUUUGGCUGYGGGGUUCCUGCCUACCCACCUCUUGUGUCCAGAGUUGUUGGAGGGGAAAAUGCAAGACCAUACAGCUGGCCCUGGCAGGCCUCCCUUCARUACAAUUCCAAUGGCAAGUGGCAUCACACGUGUGGAGGAACCCUCAUUGCCACCAACUGGGUCCUGACAGCUGCCCACUGCAUCAGUUCUCGGACGUAUCGAGUGUUUCUUGGAAAAUACAACCUAGCAGCUGAGGAAGAAGGAUCAAUUGCACUUUCUCCAGAAAAGAUCAUUGUUCAUGAAGACUGGGAUCCACAGGAUGUUGCAAAUGGGUACGACAUUGCUCUGAUCAAACUCUCUGAGCACGUCACCCUGAGUGAGCAGAUCCAGCUGGCGUGCCUGCCCCCUGCCCAGAGCAUCCUCAGCUCCAACACCCCCUGCUACGUGACAGGCUGGGGAAGGCUGCAGACAAAUGGAGCCCUCCCCGAUGACCUGCAGCAAGGCCUUCUGCUGGUGGUGGAUUAUGYAACCUGCUCCCAACCUUCCUGGUGGGGAAAAAUAGUGAAACCCAGCAUGGUUUGUGCUGGUGGGGAUGGAAUCAUCUCCAGUUGUAACGGUGACUCUGGAGGUCCCCUGAACUGCCAGGGAGCUGAUGGCAGCUGGGAAGUGCACGGUAUCGUCAGCUUUGGCUCUUCUCUUGGCUGCAAUUAUUACCAGAAGCCAUCAGUGUUCACUCGGGUGUCUGCCUACAGCAGCUGGAUCGAAAAGGUUAUGGCAACCAACUAA